ACAUAAUGAAUGCCGGUACGCUGAGUUCAGUUAGGGUCAAUGAGAGUGAGACGCAAGUCUUUCCUGUCCAAGUCUACGGGCCCUGUGAGUUGUACCCACUGACCUAGGUGGAAAGCCUCGGCUCUAGCUGGGCACAGUGGCAUGCCUGUAAUCCCAGCACUUGGGAGGAUGAGGCAAGAGAAUGGCAAGUUUGAGCCCAGCCUGGGCAACUUAGCAAAAUCCUGCUUCCAAAAAAAAAGAAAAAAACAAAACUAAAAAGGGCUGGGGAUGUGGCUUGGGGGUAGGACACUUGUCCAGCAUGCAUGAGGCCCUGCGUUCAAUCCCCAGUCCUGCAACAGAAGAAUGCAAAACAAACACCAAAUGGGAAGAUCGUGGUGGCAUAUCAUGGAUUCCUUUGGGUCUGCCAAGAAGAAUACGCUGAGGUCUUGACGCCUGUACCUUGGGACAUGACCUUGAAAUCAGGUCACUGCCGAUGUCAUCAGUUAUUUAGGGUGACAUGUCCCAUCUUGGACAUGACUGGUGUAUCCAUCAGUGAUUACUAGAGAAACAGCUAAUGUGAGACAUGCAAAUACAUAAGGACUACAGUUGGCCUACAGUGGCCGCCCGCAGUCGGGGCUGAAGAGCGCAGAGGCUCUGCCUGCCCACUGGGGACCCAAAGGAUCCAGCCGAGGCCUGGAGCUUCCUGUGGUGUCCCAAGCGCGUCUGGAUCAGGAGGCCGAAGGCUCUGCGAUGGAGUGGGUGAAGACUGGGCUCCUCUGAAGAAGCUAGAAACAGCCUUGUCGUCCUUCUUCAUUUCCCUUUAUAGCAUGACAAGCUGCCCUAGGGUGAGUCUUCCACACCCAGAACUGUGCUGAGCCAGUACAGCAGGUGUCCUUUAUUCAAGUUGACAUAAUCAACCAUCACAACUGGCACCCUCAGAAGAAGACAGCCACAGUGGCAGACGAGGGGGCCUGGUGGAAAUGGAGGCUGUGACCUGGCCAAGGCUGAGGGCGGGAAGGCUUCCCAGAGCCCAGAGAACCUUGCAGGGGUCCCGAGCUCCUGAUCUGGACCUGGAGCUGGGAGGCGGUCAGUGCUGUUGUGUGGUGACCAGGUCAUGGUACUCGGCUAUGGCAGCCUUAGGGAACGCACUGUGCUCGGUUGUCAUGGGCUGUCCCCACCGAGCACCUCCUGUCUGUGGGAAGUCCGAGGCCCGGGGAUGGCACCGCCAUGCUCCCACGCGCGAGGACGCCACCCCGUUCCAAGACUCCAGUCAGCUGGAUGGCGGGUGCCGCUGAAACCCCACGGCUGCUGUGCCUCUGAACCUUGCAGCAAAUGGCUUGUGGUCCUUAAAUUGCAAACUAGCUGUGAAAGGUGGAAGGCAGCUGAGCCCGGGCCAGUGCUCCUUUCAGCACUGUCCCUCCUGUGACGUCGAUCGGUUCCCUCACAGUCAGCAGGUUGGAUGAUGCUGCGCACGCCCACCGUCCCUUCAGCUCGGUCUCCGGAGUCCGAGUCUCUUCUUCCACCCCAAAGGCAGGCGUGGAUCCAGGCAGCAGGGCGUGUAGAGGUGAAGUGAGUCUGGCCCUCAGAGAGGGAUCCGGGAAGCACAGGGGCCUGUGAAGGGCCCUGGGGAGGUGAGGGAGCAGCUGGAAGAGGCUCAGCCUCAGGCCUGACCCAGGAGCAGCAGGGCAGCCAUCGGCUUGGAGGCCAGCGGGGCCAAGGGCCCAGAGUGAUCUGUCCCGUGCCCUGACGCCCUUGCGGAAGGGCAGGAGCAGCUCUUUUUGAGCUGCAGGCCUGCACACUUUCGCGCUGCCCGGUGCCGACACAGCAAGCAGGUGCUCUGCUCUGCGUGCCUGAGGAGCAGGCUUUCCGGGCGGCCUGGGAAGCCGCUCUCUGAAGGCGGUGGGGUAAAGGGGUGUGAGGCUUGGAAGUGACUGUGGGGUCUGCAUCCUGAGGGCAGGGCCUGGGCCCUCACCCCACGAGAAGGACCAGGGACAUCGUCGGACCCGGGGACCCCCAGCUGAUGUGGAGAAAGCGACAGAGUGGACAGAGUGGGGAGCGGGCUUGGGGUCCCUCCCACACAUCAAAUGCUCCUCUUGUCCUCUGCUCAGGCCCCGGGCUCAGAUGUGCACCCCUCACCUGCUGUGGGGACGGGACCCCAGCACGCUGCCUUGCGGGGUGCUGGUGGGAGGUGAUGGGGAGUCAGGACAGGGGUGUCACCGCACAGCCCUCUGAGGCCCAUGUCGCCUCCCUCAGAACUCACAGGCGGCCGGAGUCUGUCCCUUCCUCCCAGGGGCAGGAGCAGGCUGGGCCGGCAAAGCCCCCUGCAGUCCCAUGGCUCCUGGGUGGUGUCAGGAAAGGGUCUCGUUCUCAGGAUCUGGGGGACAGGCAGAGAGGAAGGAGAGGGAGGGAGGGAGAGGAGGGACAGUCACACGCAAGCGCAAGCGACAGGGGCCUGCUGGGGGAGGCUGAGCGUUCUUGCAGCCCUGAGGCCGAGGCACCUCUCUCUCUUGGCUCUCCCAGUGCUCCGUGUACGGUUGAUUCAGGGCCCAGUCUCAACCCAAAGCAUCCCGAAGGCCCAACACCCAGUAACGUCCCAUUCAGUUUCUCCGCAUGUUUCCUCCCCACUGGGGCGGCACUGCGGACCCCUCCAGGCCCCAUGGCCAGGUUGGCUCCAUCCCUGGGCUGCUGGCCAGGAGCUGCGGCGUCCUUAGUGCUGCGUGGGGCUCAUACACCCCGUGAGGACCGCUUCCCAGCAGCAGGUCCGCAGCGCAGAGGGCGCCGGGCCCCAGCACCCAGUGGGCGCCUCUGGAUCGGACUGGGAGCUGCCUGUGUCCAGAGGGACCCGAGCAGGGCAAGGUGCGGACUCGGCAGCAGCUGUCGCAGAGCAGGCUGGCGGCUCCUGGCCCAGCACCCGGGAAGGCUCUGCCUGCUCCCUUCCGGCACAGGCAUGGGGCCGGGCAGCGUGCAGAGCUGGGCGAGGCCGCCUGGGGAGAGCGGGCCACAGCAGAGACUCCGGACAGAGCCUGGAGCACAGUGCCCCACGGCCCAGCCUGGACACGCUGUCCUGUGCUGCUGGGGUUUCUGCCUCCUCCCAACAGCACUUCAGGGGAGCUGGCCUCGCCCUGGCGGCCCUGCUCUGUGUGCUCAGAGUCCUGUCCCUGCCACCCGCGCCCUCAGGCUCCUAGUAGGACAGGGACACGCCCGAGCAACUCUCUCCGACAGGUCCCACAGGGCUUCUUGCAGGUCCCUGGGGGGACUCGGGCGUCCAUUCUUCUGCAGAACAGCAGCGCGGUGUGAGCCAUGAAGACUGCCUGAGCUCGGGCCACCACAGAGGACCUCAGCCUCGCUGUCCCCAGGGCGUCUCCAUGCGACCCUGAGUCGGGAGGACAGGCAGGGGCAGUCUGGGCCCUCUGUCCCUUUGCAGACUGGACAGCGAGCGGCGUUCAUCCGUCUUGUCCCCCACUGCUGCACCCUGGGCGUCUCUGAGCUGGUUGCUCCUCUCCACCCGCGGCAGGGACCCAGCACCACCUGUCUGUCCUGCCUCACCUCCUCACCACGGGCCGCCGUUCUCCAGCCACCACGGUCGGCACAAGCAAGGGCACUCGGAGCCCUGGGUGGUGUCCCAGGUCACUCAGAAGGAGCACGUGUGUCCCUCUGCGCUGGCCCCGUUGGCCUCCCUGCUGUCCCUGGCACUGGCCCUGUUCUCUGAUGCGCCUUCCGUGGGCGCUGGCCCGCACUUCCUGCCCAGGUUGCUGGCCGGGAGGUGACAGCGCACGGCAGUGGCUCCUCUCCUCCUCUGUCCCUGGGCUGCGUGGACCCCCGUGGGCUCAGCGUACAGAUCUGUGCACUGUCCCUCAGGCUUGCCUUAGCUUUUGGCUUAGGCUUUAUCUGCAACUUUAUUUUUUAGAGUAAGUUAAUUAUUGCAAAACUCUCUACUGAGUUACUCGACAGAGAAUUAGAAGUAAUUGAGUUAAACACACUCACUGAGCACAGAGCACCAAAUCCUCUCGCCCACGGUUCUGGCCGUUAAAGCUGCUCUCCCUUAAUUAACCUUCUGGGUUUCCUUGAAGCUCUAAAUCAGCCACUUACCAGCUCCAUGCUCUAGGCCAGACGCCUCGAGGGGCUGUGGGUGCAGGCCGGCCCGUCCGGAGCAGAGGCUGAGGGCUUCUGCACUCGCUCCUGGGU